UCAUGGGGCCCCCGGGCAAUAGGGGAUCAUGGGGCCCCUGUGUCCUUGCCCAAACUCAAAAAAGCCUAUGAAAAAGGUACCAGGGGCAUCUCAUGGGGCCCCCUACUGACCCCGGGCCCUCAGGCAGUGCCCGAGUUUCCAAAUGGUCAGUCCGCCCCUGGUCUUAUACCCAUCUGUGGGCACCAAGAACUCCUAAACUACACAGCAGUCUGUAAGCAGCACCUGAAGCUCAUAUACUGAUGAUGGGGACAUUAUAUCUAAGCACUCCAGCCCGAUGGUAACACAAGUUGGAUUUCCCUCGUGAUCCAUGGAUACAGAUUGCGAGAU